CCAAUCGUUUAUCAAAACUUGGAUUAUUAAAUCGUUAAAUAAUUGAUAAACAUAUUUAAUUGUCAUUAUAUAUAGGUAAAAACUAAUACGAAGGACCAAAUUCGAAGGUAACUUGAUGAAGAAGAAACGGAAAAGGAGACGCACGGCUCGGCAACCGCCCACGUUUACUUCGUAAGCCUUCACACAUUAAUCGAUGCACCUCUGCUUCCACACACACAUGCUCUUCCUCACCUCUACGUUCACACAAUCCCAUAUAUAUUAGAGAUAGAUGUACUCGAAUAUACCACCAAGUGCUCACUUGUUAGCUUUUCCAAUCUUUACACACCAAAAUUCGUGAAAAAAAAGUAUAUGAAAAAUGUUGCCGUACAUUGGACACAACAGCUACCAGCAGCACCAGUUUCCAUCACCGGAGAUGGAAAUAAUUCCGGAGGAGAAGUGGAAGCUUUCCUAUGGGCAAGAGGUUACUGCUCCGGCUUGUCCUCGUUGUGCAUCGUCCAACACCAAGUUUUGUUAUUACAACAACUACAGCUUGUCUCAGCCUAGAUACUUCUGCAAAGGUUGCCGUCGUUACUGGACCAAGGGAGGUUCUCUCCGCAACAUUCCUGUAGGUGGAGGCUGUCGCAAGAGAAGCCGCAGCAGACACAACAGUCACAAAAGGUUUGGUCGGAACGAGAAUCGACCUGAUGGUCUUAUUAACCAAGAUGAUGGAAUUCAGUCCAGCCCUGCCGGUUCUGAUAUUGAUUUGGCUGCGGUUUUCGCACAGUACGUGACUGAUCNCUUCCUCACCUCUACGUUCACACAAUCCCAUAUAUAUUAG